AGAGAGAUGGCAGAAGAAGUGGAGAAGUAUAAGAGAAAGCAGGAAAUGCAAGCAGAAGCCCAUGCAACUGGAGACCAAGGCUGCUUGAUGGUGGAGUUUGGUGACUUCCAGGGCCGGUCCAUGAAGGAUGUUUAUGAGGACCAGAGCAAGCAGGCCCAAGCCCUCAUCAGGUACCUGAUAAAGGCAAAUCCCAACCCCAACACCAACAUGGCCAUUUUCAAGACGUAUGUCUUGAAAAGACAGGCUUCUGCUGUGGGCACCCGUGUAUGCCAGCCUGCACCUCAAGUUGCAUCCUCCAGUGCCUCUGCACCUCCACCUGCAACCUCCAGUUCCUCUGUACAUCCACGUGCAACCUCCAGUGCCUCUGCACCUCCACCUGCAACCCCCAGUGCUUCUGUACCUCCACCUGCAACCUCCAGUGCCUCUGUACGUCCACGUGCAACCUCCAGUGUCUCUGCACCUUCACCCGCAGCCAUCAAAACUGGUGUACACCAGAGCGCCACUGUGAAAGCACUGUUGACGCGUGGCAAACAUUUGUCUCCUUCACACCUGGCGAGAAAACUCAUGUCACCAGUGAAACACUAUCCAUUGCUGCAGUCCACUUUACCUCCUCCAGCAGCAGAACCCCCAGUCACACAUUUGACCCGAAGGCAGCUUUUCACUACUGGCACUUCCGUUUCCACUGCUGAAGAUGAUGAUGAUGAGGAACUGGUAUUUGCUGCAUCACAAUGUGAAGCACAGCUAAAUACAGAGACCUGUUCUGGUCCGUCUCCAUCAGCGGAAACAGCAAAAGCACCAGGUCUUCCACAUCAUCCACCACCAGCUGAGCUUCCAGUUCACUGGAAAGAUCAUCUUCCACCUUUCCAGCAUGAGUGGAUACGGAACACACUAUUUAAGGCCAACCCGCGAACCGGCAAGCCAGAACUAGUGUCCCAACUGAAGCUUUGGUGGUAUCCUCCUCAGGUCCCUUUAAUUCACACUCAGCCGCCCGCCUCACCUGACCUCUUCUUCUGUCGGCCCCUUUUCUUAUGGAUGCCGCUCAAGAUCUGGCGAUUUCCUCUUGUCUGUGUUCGACCAGACUGUGAUAAGCACAAACUAACAGCCGCAGGACUUUACCGUACCGUGCGCAAAGUCUUGGACAUCGACGGUUGGUAUGAUCUUGCCACUGAAUACUCAUGUGACAACCGGGUGCUGAGGAUGAUGAGGGAGAGGACACAGGGCAACAGCGUGACACAGAUGUACAAGAAGCUCAUGGAACAACACAGUGAGGCAUGGACACAGCGUGUCCUUCAGUACCUGACUGCCUGUGAACCAUUUACAAGGUCCUUCCUUGUGCAGCCACCUGUGUUUGCCGAGCCUCCCUCUUUACCUGCCCUACCUAAACCUAAGUGGCUGUUAGCCGUGUACGCCAGGGAUGUUCUGGGGCGACUGCACGAGGUCAAAGCCAAAAUUACAUCUGUCUUGGGCUGUGUUCUAAAGAUGGACUCCACAAAGAAGGUCACAAAGAAACUUGCCGGUGCUGCUGCAGGAACAGCUGCCUGGUGCACAAAUGUAGGAAACGAACACGGCCAAGUCCUUGUCUCUGUGCUGACAGCCGCAGAGGGACAUGGACUGCACCCUAUGGCAGCUGGCCUAAUGAAACGCUACCGGGAGGCAGGAGAGGCAGCCCCGAAAGUGAUGUACGUGGACAGAGAUUGCUGCAGUCUUCAUGGCAAGUCUCAGGUGAAGGUCAUGUUUUCGGAUUGGGAUGAGCUUGAAGUGCGCCUUGACAUCUGGCAUUUCAUGCGGCGAUUUCCUGCAGGUGUCACGACAGAGGCUCAUCCACUCUACGGGACCUUCAUGGCACGUCUGUCCAUGUGCAUCUUUCAGUGGGAUUCAGAUGAUGUGGCUGCUCUUCACCGUGAUCAGCCUCAGCUGACACAUGGGCGCUAUAAGGCGCCGAAGCGGUCUGGAGUCACACCAGGUGUGGAGAGUGUGAAACGGUGUCUGAUUGGACAUCCUGGGGGUCCAGCGCAGUGGCCCGACGCCAACCGCUUGGUUAAUACCAUUUGUAUGAAGUUGUGUGCUUUACACAAGUCGCCAACCAAGAAAGAUGGAGUUUGCACCCCCAGGUGGUCUAAAGUUCUUUCAGAUUACCACCACAUCCGAGAGUUGGUGCUUAACAAUCCCACUCUGAUGGAUGAAACAACGAUCCAGCUGUUUGAGAUAAACCAUAGGACACUCACUCAGUGGUUUCGUAAGUGGAAGAAUAGACAGGAAAUGGGCGUCCUCGGUCAGGGUCUGACUCCAUCUAACCCAAUUGCUGUGGCUGAUACGCACCUGCCUCCACCGAGGGAAAAAUUGAAUGAAGUGCCAUCGACAUCAGGCCCAAAACAUCAAUUUUUCCUUCCACCAAAUCGUGAAGGACAGGCUCCUCUUCUGCGACCAGGUCGAAAGCCAGCUGCUGCCACCAGGGAGUUUCCCAUUGCAUCCGCCCCCACAGCAUCAGGAGUUGUGCAGCCCAUCGCACCUGCCCCCACAGCAUCAGGAGUUAUGCAGCACAUUUUGGCCCCCAUCGCACCCGCCCCCACAGCAUCAGGAGUUGUGCAGCCCAUUUUAGCACCCAUCGCACCUGCCCCCACAGCAUCAGGAGUUAUGCAGCACAUUUUAGCACCCAUCGCACCCGCCCCCACAGCAUCAGGAGUUGUGCAGCACAUUUUAGCACCCAUCGCACCUGCCCCCACAGCAUCAGGAGUUAUGCAGCACAUUUUAGCACCCAUCGCACCCGCCCCCACAGCAUCAGGAGUUGUGCAGCACAUUUUAGCACCGGGGUUGUCGUUUGGCACGGUAGUCUUUAAUCCAGACAUGACUGUGUCAGUGGUGAUUCCACCUUCUGGUGCUUCGACAUCCAGUGCAGUCCCAGCUCCGCCUGCUCCGGCGUCUGCUGCUCCUGUGUCCCGUUACACGCAAAGGAACAGGCGCCGACGGGCUAUGGAGAAUGAAAGUGGUGUCCAGAAGAGGAACCCAACACUAGGGCAGGUUGGCUCAUUGUGGCGAAUCAGAGUAGCAGGACCCAAAAGGCCCAUCCCCAGGAACUGCCUGAAGAAGCUGGUGACUGUUGUGGACACAUGUUUCACAGCGGCACAGCACCGCGGUCUUACGCUUUGGCUCAAAAUGUAUGCGUAUCCUGUUUUUCAACGCCAAUCGGCAACAUCAAGCCGACUCCUCAUGGCACCAUCAGCAGAGGCAAAGCACUUAGAAAAGCUAGAGUCCGGAAGGGCCAAAAGUAAAGAGGAGGUGCUGGCAGAGGCUAGAUCUUUUGUCAGCACAAAUGGUGGAGAUCCCAGUGACCAGUUUUUAGUUCUUGCUCACUGCAAACUUCAGUUUGGGAAGUACCAGGGCCAGCGAUUUUGA